CUCUUCCCUCUCCCCUCUUCACUCUUCACUCUUCACCCUUCACUCUUCACACUUCACUCUUCAUGCUUCACGCUUCACUCUUCACCCCCCUUCACUCUUCAUGCUUCACGCUUCACUCUUCACCCUUCACGCUUCACUCUUCACUCUUCCCUCUUCCCUCCUCCCUCUUCCCUCUUCCCUCUUCCCUCUUCCCUCUUCCCUCUUCCCUCUUCCCUCUUCACUCUUCACUCUUCACUCUUCACUCUUCCCUCUUCAAUCCAAAUAAACUGCUAG